AUGGGUGAUUUGUGCACAAUCUUCUAUUUGAUAUUUAUUUUAGACGUUGCUGGAGUUAUGACCGGUGUAGAAGGUGAGAAAAAAUAUUUGAAGAAUGAAAAACUUAUUGACAUGUUGGUCAUUCAUAUUGAGAAUGACGGCUUGAAGCUUAAUGCUGCUGUUUUUAGAGAGAUAGUGGACCAGAUCAAGGGUUUUGUGGCAACGGGUGAAAUUACAAGUGAAAUUAUAGAAAACGAUACCAAUAUAUUACAGAACAUUAUGUAUGGUACCAAGCUUUUGAUAAAUCCAGAUGUUCCUGAGGCUAGAAACUUCACAGUACCUAUCUGUGCUUUCCGCAAAUCGGUGUAUGUUGCUGAAGAUGAAGUUUUAUAUUCCACUGAGAGGAAGACAAUAAAGGAGUUAUGUGCGGCUGCAGAUGUUGGAUUCUAUGUUGUUCUGACUACUGUUCUUAAUGUUGAACCCGUUUCAAGUUGGUGGUAUAAAUCCCGUGUUUACAGCGUGAAGGCAGAAGCUAAUGUGGAUACAUAUUUCUGCGAUGGCUGUAAUAAGGACGUGAAUAAUGUGGUUGAUAGGUAUAAGUUAGAUUUGUUGGUUUUUGAUGGUACUGUUACAACAACUUUUGUUGUGUUUGAUAAGGAGGCUGCAACUCUAUUCGGACGGACCUGUAAUGAGAUGGUGAAAGAGUUGAAUCGAGGUGGAGGGACACUCAAGGCCCGGUAA